AUGGUACGUUCAGAGAGAAAGUGUGGGGCAAGGUCGGCUUCUUGUGGUCAUGUCUCGAAGACGACGUCAAUCAGUGGGCAUUCGAUAGGGAAACACAAUGGCAUUGGACGCAAUCCGUUCUUCCGGUUCUUGGCCCACUUCCGAAAAUGUUUCAGAGCUUGGCUCUGCCACUUGCCCUUGGGACAGGUAACUCUAAUGGCCAGCCGGGUAUGGAAUUGUAUGAGCCUUGAGGAGAAGAAACCCUUCAUCGCUGCUGCCCGGAGAUUUAGCUACACGUUUCGAUCGCGAAGCAAAAAGGUCAACUGGGUGCUGGACAAACUUCGGGAAUCCGCUGCUGGUGCAGAGUACCAAGCCCAGGUACUUUGGAUUUUGAUGAAUGGCAUCAAGUCCUGGCAGCAAUGCGUUUUGAACGGUCUUCUAGACGUGCACUACAAUCAAAACCUACACCAGGACGCUUUAAAUUAA